AAAAUCAGUAUUUCAUAGCAUUUCAAGUGAUUAAGCUGGAAUAAAUGUGAUUCGGGUUAAUUUUUUUGGGGAUAAUCAGUCAAGAUGAAAAUCAUAGCCACAAUUUUGUGUGCCGCUGCAAUUCUGACAGGCGUCACUACAGUUGAUAGAGAUCUCUUUAAAAUAUGCGAACAAAGCAGCUUUUGCAGACGAUGUCGCAAAGUUGAACCCAAUAACUCACCAUUUGAAUUAGUACCAGGCACAUUAAAUACAUUCGACGAUUCGUUUACAGCUGACCUUGUCAACAAAAAUAACGGCCAUAUCUUUGUACUAAAUGUGGAAGGUGUUCAGGGCGAUAUUUUUCGGGUUAUAGUUGAUGAGAAAACACCACUGAAAAAAAGAUAUCGUGUCACUGAUGCUUUGAAAGGGCCGGCCAAACCACACUCCAUCAGUGUGACGGAUUCAAAAAGCGAGAUCAUUGUCACAUCUGGACAAAAUAAGGCUGUUAUUCAAGCCAGUCCAUUCAAAAUUGAUUUCUACCGAAGUGAAGUCUUGUACGUAUCGGCCAAUGCAAAGGGAUUGUUCAAGUUCGAACACUAUCGUACGAAGCCAGUGUCUCCACCUGAAGGAGAAGAGAAUAAAGAACAAGAAGAGCCAAGGGAUGAUGUUGACAAUGAGCCAGGCGCUUGGGAAGAAGAUUUCAAUUCUUUUCAUGACACAAAACCAAACGGACCAGAAGCAAUCGCAUUGGACUUCACAUUCCCUCAAGCUGAAGUACUUUUUGGUAUACCGGAACAUGCUGACUCAUUCGCAUUGAAAUCAACACUGGAUGGUGAACCGUACCGACUACACAAUAUGGAUGUUGCCUAUUACGAAUUAAACAACGGCAUGGGAUUGUAUGGCUCAGUUCCAGUUAUCUACGGUCAUGGAACAAAUGGAACCGCUGGUGUCUUUUGGAUGAAUGCGGCUGAAACAUGGGUUGAUAUUUACAAUGAGAAGAAUGUUCCGUCUUUGAUCGUGUCUGAACCUGACGAUGAGCCACUUGCGGCUCAUUUCAUGUCAGAAAGCGGUAUCGUUGAUGCAUUCAUCUUGUUGGGAGAAUCACCUCUCAAUACAUUCAAACAGUACACCGAUUUGACCGGUGUAGCUCCGUUGCCACAACAUGCAGCAUUCGCUUUCCACCAAUCUCGAUGGAACUAUAAUGACGAGGUAGACGUUUUAAACGUUAGUGCCAACUAUGACGUACACGAUAUUCCCUUAGAUACGAUGUGGCUGGAUAUCGAAUAUACCGACCAUAAAAAGUACUUUACUUGGGAUCCCAACACAUUUCCACAUCCAUUGGAAAUGAUUGCAAACUUAACAGAACUCGGUCGGCACUUGACAAUCAUCAUUGAUCCACAUAUCAAAGUAACAGACAACUACAACGUGCAUAAAGAUCUUACUGAACGUGACUAUUAUACGAAGAACAAGGAUGGAGAAGUCUUUGAAGGUGAGUGUUGGCCAGGUACAUCCGGUUGGCCAGAUUUGUUCAACCCAGAUGUUCGUAAAUAUCUAGCUGAUCAAUAUCUCUUGGAAAAUUUCAACACCACGACGCAGGAUGUGUUCAUUUGGAACGACAUGAAUGAGCCGAGCGUAUUCAGUGGGCCAGAACUAACAAUGCCAAAGGAUAAUUUACACAACACCGAGAUGGGAACAUAUGAACAUCGUGUGGUGCACAAUUUGUACGGUCACAUGCAGUUGAUGUCAACUUUCGACGGUCUUGUUCGUCGUGGAGAGGGUAAGCUGCGUCCAUUCAUAUUAACUCGUAGCCAUUUCUCCGGCAGUCAGCGUUAUGCUGCCAUUUGGACGGGAGAUAAUACGGCUGAAUGGGGUCAUUUGCAAGCGUCUUUAAAGAUGUGCCUAUCAGAAGCUGUCAGCGGAUUCUCGUUCUGCGGAGCUGAUGUUGGCGGUUUCUUAAGAGAUCCUACAAGCGAUGAAUUGGUGGAGCGUUGGCAUCAAACUGGAGCCUUCUUACCAUUUUUCCGCGCUCAUUCUCAUAUGGAAACCAAACGGCGUGAGCCUUGGCUUUAUCCCGAAGCCACGAAACUUGUCAUCCGUGAUGCAAUUCGUAAGCGAUACACCUAUCUGCCAUUGUGGUAUGUGUUGUUCUAUGAACACGAACGCUACGGUUACCCAGUGAUGAGACCACUUUUGGGCCACUAUCCAAAUGAUCCAGAGGCGUUCGCCAUUGACAACGAAUUCUUGUUGGGUGAUAGGCUCUUAGUUCAUCCAGUAACACAGUUAGGUGCCACCAAAGUCGAUGUGUACUUUCCACGCAACAGCAUAACUGGUGAAGGCGACUUUUGGUAUGACGCCGAUGAUUUCACACUGUUUAAUUCAGUCGGUUACGUUACUGUUCCAGUGAAUAGCUACAAGAUUCCAGUCUAUCAACGCGGAGGUGCUAUUGUACCGAAGAAAGAAGUGAUCCGUCGUGCAUCGACAUUGAUGAAGAAUGAUCCAUACACUUUAAUCGUCUGCUUGGAUCGAUUCAAUGAGGCCAAUGGAACUGUUUAUGAUGAUGAUCAACGAAGUUACGAGUACCGCAACGGAAAAUACGUUUACUCACAAAUUGAGUUCAAAAGCAAUGUUCUCAGCAGCAAAUUGAUCGAUCCGACUGCAACAUUCGAAACAUUGGCUUGGAUCGAACGUGUCGUCAUUGCUGGUUUGGACAAAGUCCCACAAUCAGCCACACUUUCAACCUCAUCCAAACGUAUCACACUUGAUGUUGUCGAACACCAACGUGCAUACACCAUUCGUAAUCUUGCUGUUAACAUUGCUGAAGAAUGGGAAAUUACUUUGAAUUACUAGAAUUUUACUUAAAAACAUUCUGGAACACAAACAGUUUUCAAAUUCUAACCAGACAAAGAUGAUGAUUAUAAUGAGUGGAGCAAAUUAAUUAUUUUGCAAGUACAGUUGGUCGCCGAAUUUAUUGUAUUGAUGGAUACGAUAAAAACGACUAUGUCUGUUGAUUUCUUUCAUACUUAAUUUUCAGCUUUGUUAUCAUUUUCCCGAUCUUUUGUAACUAUCUACGGACACUUUUCUAAUGAGGAAAAAAAAAUUCUUUCAAAUUCCCAGUUUGGAAAUCUGUGUUUUGGCCAUGUGUAAAUUUGACCAAAUAAAUCAUUGUGAUUCAUGCCAA